GGCGCUGCGCCUCCGCCUGACUCACUGGAACGGGAGGAAGUUACAAGUAUCGGAGUUUGAGGAGAAGAAAGUUUUAGCAGACUGGUACAAAGGCUCAGAGGGGGGCGGGCACGGAGGGGUUAAAGGCAGCGACACAGACUGACAGCUGCGACUUCCUCCUCAGACAAAAACAGGAAGAUGCGACUGUGCGACCGGCCCCGGGGCCCUCAGCUCGACCGCACCCAGGGGCCUGUGGGUUUCUUCUCUCAGACAUGGGGUAAGUGCCCCGGGCAGGGGGGGCAAUGAGCCGACUCUUCCUGCUCUGUAUCGCCCUGUGUCCGGACCUGCUGGGGGACAUCCCAGAUUACUAUGAAGUGAUUGGGGCGGAGAGAAUCAGCAAUGGAAGUUGCCCCGGGCAGGACCCAGUCAGGAGCUACAACCCUGCGCCAAAGAGGAAAUGUAACCUCCUGAACCUGGACCUAAUGCCCAACGCCUUCGACGAUGAGUACGAGGGCUGCGCUGAGGAGCUGGAGAGGGACUCCAUGCCCAAGGUCCUCAAGAUGGAAACGUAUCAGAACCCCGUUUUUGGGUUGGCUUGGAAACGGGCGGAAAAAGACUGGAACAAAGUGAAAUCUACUUUGCGCCUUCCCCUGGGAUUUACCGACGCUUUUGGGACCGCCAUUCGGGUUUAUACAACGGACUGGCCGGAAGGGAACCCCCUGUACAAAGCCUUUAAUGGCAACGUGAGCUCGGCCGGCAGGUCCAGGGAGCACUACAUGGAGCACUUCCACUUCAAAGCUCUCCACUUCUACCUGACCAGAGCCAUGCAGGUUCUCCGGCGCAACUCAAGGAGGCGCUACCGCACCUACAGGGGGACCGACGGCUCCUACGAGGUCUCUGAGGAGCUUCUGCGCUUCGGCAGGUUCACAUCCUCGUCUCUGAACGUGGAGGUGGCCAAAGGGUACAACGCGGGGCUAUUGUUUGAGAUAACAACCUGCUUUGGGGUGGACAUCCACAGGGUUUCCUUCUUCCCCAAAGAGAGGGAAGUUCUGAUCCCGGUGGCGGAGAAGUUCCAUUACGUGGGGAAGAGGGACAAUAUCUACGUCAUGAACAGUACCUGCCAGCUCUGCACCUACUUCAACUGCGCCUACCUGGGAGAGGAGAAGCGAGAAGUUCCUGUGUGCAGCUCUGGUCUCCAAUAAGAAUCUGGUCUCCAGUCUCUGCUCUCCUGCAUGACCCAGAUUAUUCCAUUCCCUCCUAUAGAUCGGAGCGGAGUGAGGAGUCUGCGGAUGUUGAGCUCAGAGACGAAGAUGUUGGGGCAAGAUGAUGGUCAGACUUACUGUAUUGUGUCAAAAAAGAUCCCGGUCAAGUAGAAUGUUCUACAAUACAUUAUAGGCAGAAGUGUCUUGUCAAUAAAAUCUAUUUUUCCUCAUUUUAUGAUUAAA